AUGAUGGAGCGUGCUUUAAUUAGAGAUAAUACCCAAACUACCAAAUUACGUAUUCUCAAAGGAAACUGGUACGAGGAAAAUGUUCGAGCAGAGGGCAAACUUCAGCAGUUUAUUGAAAGGCGUCUCAAGUUAUCAGAUACUACUAUGAACAAGACACUUGAUGUCCCAUUGGACCAUGCCAAUCAAGGUGAUGCAUGCAUUCAGUCCGCGACCCAUACAGUUCCAACCCAGCAAUUAAAAUGGGCAAAAAUCCAAUCCGGUCGUAUAAAAUCAAAUUAUCAAGGCGAUUCACAAGCCUUUAUUCCAACCCACAACCCCAAACUGGACAUGUCCAAGCCAAUUCGAGAAUGCUCAAACGCGUUUCUGUCAACUACAAACGAGGAUAAGGUUGCGUCACAACCUAUUCAGCCCAUCCCAUCCACAAAAAAGGCAGCUACAAUCGUUACAUUUCCCAUCAAUGUAAAUCUGCAUGGCGCAUCCAAACAUUUUUUACCAGCCUCUAUGUAUAUAGAAAUUCCAACUAUUUCUGUUGACAAUGCACUUCGGUUUGGUGAUCGUGUCCAACUGUGUAUGGAUGGGCUGCCUGUGUCGUUUGAUAUGUGGACAACAACAUUUGUACCUAGAUAUCUUCCGGGGUCAUCACAGUUUGGGGUCGAGGAGUAUGAAGUGUUUGUACCUCAGCACAACAAGGAAAGUUUGAGCUCGUCAAGCAAACCUACUAUACCUUUAGCUCGCAGUGUAUUUGAAAUUGUUAGGCAAUGUGUCAGUCGAUCGCAUAAAAUGAUUGCGUGGGAAGCCCAACAGACAUUGAUAUCAUAUGGGUCACCCAUAUCGAUCCGUAAUGCAUCGACAAACAGACUCCUUUGUAUAAAUACAGUCUCACGUACGUUUUUGUUUGGAAAAGCCAAUGCAGUUGCUACCGCUUUACCAGUAGCUAAAAAAUCAAAGGAUUUUGAAUGGACUAUUGUACGUGUUUGA